CAAUCCCCUCGGCACCCGUCGUGGGGAAGGCGCGUACGGUUUUCCAUUACCCGCCCUGAACCGCUCUCGUCCCUCCUGCUCCGGUAUAUGUCAUUUUGCCAGCGCAGGUUACGUUACGCAACCAGCUCGUCAUGCAAAAUAGAAACACGUGUCAAUAGGCGGUGCUGAAAAACGCAGGUUUACUGAACAACAAAGACCGGCUGGCGCCGCAGAGGAGGAAAAACAGCUGUGUCGCAGAGAGGACAAUGAUACGAAGAUGAUCAGCGCCGAUGGCUUCUCAAAAUGCGAGGCGACUCUGCAAGAGAGAGGCAGGAGGAGGCCACCCGCAGAGAUGCUCCAUCUGCUGUCAGCUGUCAUUGUUUGGCUGGUGACGGGCACCACUAUCUCCAGCCUCAACAAAUGGAUAUUUGCCGUUUACAACUUCAGGUACCCUCUGCUACUGUCAGCGCUGCACAUGCUGACAGCCAUAGUGGUGGACUAUGGCCUGAUCAAACUGCGGGUGAUCCGCCACAGAGGGGCUGGAGAGCAGGACCUGACCCCCAGUGCGAAAUGUAAGGUGUUCCUGUUGAGUCUGACAUUUUGUGCCAGUAUCGCCUUUGGAAACAUGGGUCUGAACUAUGUCCAGCUGUCAUUUGCACAAAUGAUCUAUACCACCACGCCGCUUUUUACUCUGGCCAUCUCCACGCUGAUCCUGGGCAAGCAGCAUCACAUCCUCAAAUACACAGCCAUGAUGCCAAUCUGCCUGGGAGCCUCCUUCAGCAUCAUGGGGGAGGUCCAGUUCGAUCAGACCGGCUGCUUCUUUGUUUUUGCAGCGACCAUGUUGAGGGGUGUCAAGUCCAUCCAGCAGAGCAUCUUACUACAGGAGGAGAAAAUCAACUCUGUGUUCCUGCUCUACCUGAUGUCCAUUCCUAGCUUCUGCAUCUUGGCUGUGGCAGCGCUGGCCUUAGAGAACUGGGCUAUGCUGGAGUCGCCGCUGCAUUACGACCGCCACCUGUGGGUCUUUAUCUUGCUCAGCUGCCUGGGCUCAGUCAUGUACAACUUGGCCAGCUGCUGCGUAAUCACGCUCACCUCGGCCGUUACUCUGCAUAUCCUGGGCAAUCUGAGCGUGGUGGGAAACCUGCUGUUGUCCCAGCUGCUUUUCGGCAGCGAACUGUCCGCCCUCAGCUGCGCCGGUGCAGUGCUGACAUUGUCUGGCAUGCUCAUCUAUCAGAACUCAGAGUUCAUCAUCAGCUACCUGGACGCACGCAGGGCCAAAGCUAAAGGGCCCGGACAGGUGGAUUUUCACACUGGAUGCGGAGAGGACUUGGACAAAGCUGGUACAUCUGAACCAAAAUAUCAUCAACAGAGAACGGAUGGAAAACAGGAAGACAAGAUAGACUGAAAUGAAAGGAGGAUAAGUAGAGAAUAAAAUGUUGAAAGGAAAAAAUGCUAAAAACCCUGGCUGUAGUUCUCUACCCUUUGUGUCAUUAAGUGGUCAAGAGCAGCAGAGGAAGUGUGACCUUAUAAGGCCAUCAUCACUGACGAUGUGACAGAUCCUUUUUUUCUUUUUUAAAUUCCUCAGUGUGCCAGUUUAUUUCUCCUCUGGUCACACAGAACUAGAGUCUUCAGAGAGGAAAAGGUUGCCUUUAUUUUUUCUCAGUGAUGGUUAAAAACUCUCCUUCAUCUGUACAUAGCCUAUAUUGGUAUAUGCAUGCAUGAGCACACUAAACUAAUACCUCAUGAGGUAUUCACACUGUCACUCAUACUACUCCACUGUGAAAAUGUUCUCAUUGAUAGAGAGCUCUGAUCGAUAUUUUGGGUGGCUGUCGUGGACAUUGUCGGCUGCAAAGGGGGGCGAGGCUCAUCGAGCACGCUUUCCCUAAAAUUUGAAUGGGCACAAUAUGUAUUAAAAUAUAUAUUAAUGGUACUGUUACCUGACAUUCACUUGGCCCUGUCAUGGUAAGGGCCUGGGUUGGCAGCUUUUUUUUUUUUGUGUGUAUGUGAAGCGUCCCGCUUGAUAAAUAAGGGCACUGCCGUUAUUGCCGUAGGGCUAAAGAAAACCCUUUGUUUAGAGGCAAAAGUUACAACGAUGGUGAAGCCAACAUUUCUGUGUAAUGAGACGCCUCUUUUCCUCUUCUGAAGCACAUUUUUAAUAAGAAGCCUGAGCUCUGUGUUUUGUCCUCCCCUAUGAACCUUGAUGUGGCUUCCCACUUAAAGCCUAGCUACCAGUUUGAGAGGACGCUCUCUCUGUAGAAUUAGUCCAAUUAUUUCCAUCUUUUCCAACAGAACGCUCGCUGCAGAGUACCUCGAUAAUUAGGUUCUGGAUUUCUCUAAGGAGUGUCACUCAGCUUUAGCUGUCUUUUCCCUGUGGAAGAUGAGGAAAAAGAAGACUGAGCUGUCCUUUAAGGUUGCUUCUUAAAUCCCAACCAAUGUCAUCUGUUGGGUUUAAUUUUGCCCUUUUUGUGGGUGACAUUUUAAUAAAGUUGGAUAACUAGCACAUCUUAAAAAACUGACUUCUGCUGGAAAGUGUCGUUUUCUCUCAGUAUUUCUCAGUAUAGUUUUAUUUUGUGACAGAACAUAUUUAAUCCCCCUUUAUUUAUUUGGAAUAGAAUAUUUAUUUUUGAAUGGCCAUAUCAAUCAUUGGCUUAGUAGUGUUGUAGAUUUUGACCCUCAAGUGUCUUGCACAUGCAUACAUGUAAGAUUCGAUGGCACUAGUCUGUCCGGUCCCUCUCUCUUUAGAGAAGAGUCAGGUCUUGUAAGCAGAGGACUGCAUGCCGUGGCUCCUCCGGAAAAUAUCUUAAAUGAUUGGGUACGUCUGUGACACUCCCUCCUACAUGUAUGGUAUGCCAAAUCUUUACUUUGGAAGUUUAUUUUUUGCCACAUGAUGUUGUAAUACUGGUUCUGUCAGUGACCAGACAUCAUCAUCACUCACGUACAGUUUGAGCUCUCACACAUCGACACAACAACAAAGCCAUACAUCAAGUUUUGUUUUGUUUUUUUAUGACACCUGCCAUAUCUUAAGUUUUUGCCAUAAAAGUAACUGCAGGCAGGAUUGUAUAUUUAAAAGAUUUUACUUAUCACAGAUUUGAUAUUUCAAGGGAUUCAUAAAAUUGCAUUACCCUUUGCAUAAUUUUCAUAUUGAGAAUUAAUAUAUGAACCUGCAAGAAAGAUAUGAAAUGGUUUUAUUUUGCAGUUUGAUAAUUGGCUUUGUUGGUUUAACAUAAAACAGCAGAUCAUUUCACUGGUUUUAUGUGAUUGAAUACCUCAACUAUUAAAGAGGACUUAUUAUGCCCCCGUGUUCAUUGAUUAUUAAUCAUUGGACUGAGGUCAAACAGCUAUUCAACAACCACAGUACAACUACAGCAUGUGAACGAUGGAUUUUAUCGUUUCGAGUAAUCUGAUCACAGAUGUCCACAUUUUUGAACCACAAAUUUUCAAUUCAUAUUAUCAUGUUGACCGACGGUCAGAGCCGCCUCAGCGGACAUUUUUUUUUUUUAGUUUUAUAUCUCAAUUAAACUCCCACAGUCUUGUCAGUUUGGCGGGUUUGGCUGCUUGUUCUCAUGGAUAUCAUGUUGAGUAGAUUAUGAGUGUGGGGCAAAGCAACAGUUGCACUGACAGGGUACAAAGACGCUGUCUUCAAAGCCUUCGGUUCCUGUGUACAUACUGGUUUUGACUGUUUGCAAAGCUAGUCGGAUGUAAAUAGCUAUUUUAUUAUAUUUAUGUAUUUUAUAGUUAUAUAUGGCUGGUUUAAACUAUACUGGUUUAAGAAUAAAAUGUUUGCCUCAUGCCUUAUUUGGACAAAGUGUAGAAGAGAAAGGAAUGAUUUGAUUCGUCAUUUUUGUCAAAUUGUUUGGUAAUACUUUGAAUGCCGACAGUAGCCAUGUAGGUGCUUCUGUUUAGAGGCAAAGCAAUGGACAAUUCAUAUACACAUGAUCUACAAUUGCCUGGAUAAAAAUAAACUGUCUUGUACAAUAAACAAUAACAA